AUGAAGGCCAGUGAGGGUGAUGAGGUGGAAGGUGAGGUGAGCGGUGCCAAGCCUUGCCUCACACUGGGAACAGGCUUUGUGUGGGAAGUUCCCGACACGCCGGAGUUCAUGGACUCCUCAGACGGUGAGGACCAAGACAUGCCAAAGAAGAAAGAGAGGAGAAUGCGGAAGUCAGAAAUAAUAGCCCAGUCCAAGGAGGAGGAGCAACAGUUCUCGCGGCUGGAGGAGGGGCGGGCGCUCGCCACAGUCAGCCAUGGACUUUGAGACCAUGCUCCAGGGUAGUCCAAACUCAUCAGCCGUGUGGAUACAGUUCGUCAGUUUCCACCUUGAGAGUGCCGAGGUGGACAAGGCCAAGGCAGUGGCACGGCGAGCCCUGCAGGUGAUGGACGCACAGGAGGAGGAGGAGCGCCUCAACGUGUGGACAGUGCUGCUGAGGCUGGAGGUGCUCUACGGCGGACCAGAGUCUGUGGCCGAGGCGUACCGGGAGGCGCUGGCCACUAACGACCAGCUCAAGGUCCACCUGGCCAUGGCCAUGGUAUAUGCUGAGAGCGAGAAUCCCUGAUGUGGAGCUCAUCAACCGGUUUGGCCAGCUUGAGUUUCGCUUUGGGGAGACCGAGUGCGGUCGGACCACGUUUGAGUCCCUCCUCAGCACCUACUGGAAGAGGUUGGACAUCUGGAGUGUCUACGUGGACCUGCUCACCAAGGCCAAGGACACUGAGGGGGCAAGGUGAGGCUGGUGUGAUGUAACCGUGGGUGUCAUUCUUGGUCUAUAUAUUCUGCUGAGGCCAAGGCUAAAGGGACAACUUUUACAUGGAGGCUUUUUGUCAAGGGGCUAUGUUAUUCCUCAGUGAAAAGUUUUAUGGGGACGAUCAACUUGGACAAGAAUACAGUGGGGUAGUCACAAUAACAUGGUCUUGUUGGGCAUCAUUUUUGCUCUAUAGAUUCUGCUGAGGCCAAGGCUUGAGGGACAACUUUUACAUGGAGGCUGUUUGUCAAGGGGCUAUGUUAUUCCUCAGUCAAAAGUUGUAUGGGGACGAUCAACAAGAAUAUAGUGGGGUAAUGACAUGGUCUUGUUGGGCAUCAUUUUUGCUUUAUAGACUUGAGGGCAUAGCUGGGCAUGAUAACAGAAAACCUUAUUCCCGAUAACCGUUAACUGAUAAUGAAAAACCUUAAUGUCGAUAACUGAUAUUCGUUAACUAGAGACACAAAUAUAGGCGAUAACCGAUAACCGAUACCCGAUAUAAAUCCACAAUUCCGAUACUAGCUAGCGAUAAGUCCGAUAGAUUGAUUGAUUGAUUGAUAGUUUAUUGUUGCAGGUAAACAACAAGGGAGAAGGGAGGAACAUGCCAUCCCAACCCCCAGGCAGGACAGAGUGUGAUUAUACAACUAUUAAUACAUGUGGAGGUAGCACCAUGAAACUAAAAAGAUACAAUGGUAGGAAGGAAAGCACAACAAGGGAGGGGGCGGUACCUCCCCCUGGACAAUAAGACAAUAAAAUGUGGGGACGGAGAACAUUGCCCAAGCACUAGAUGGGAAUGAAUACAGAGAUAGAGUAAAUACUAGUCCUUAAAGUAAAAUGGUGAAAACGAUAUUAUAUUGAUAUUUCAGAUAGAACAACAUUGAUGAAUUCAAAUUUUCAUUAUCUGUAUUUUAGGAAACUUACAAAACCUUAAAACCACACGUUGACACGUACAUAUGGACGUUAAUACUAGAAAUGCCUGAACCGGUGUCGUGUUAUUUGGCGUCCCCACCGUCAAAAAUUGUUUACAAACACUGGUCUCUCGUGAACGGUGCAUGCUCAGACCAGCAAGCAUAGACCUGUACAGUCUCACAAAGCUUUUAAACUGUAAGUAAGGGUUGUUGGAAGGCUGAAUCAGACAUAUAGUACAACUACCACCAUCCUCGCUGUUUCUAGGAUGACACUCUGUACGAGUUGUAUUUAUAUGUACAAAGUGUACGUCGUUCUAGAAACAGCGAGGAUGGUGGUACUGUAUGUUUGAUUCAGCUUUCCAGCAACUCUUAAUGUGUUAAAAAAGCAUUGUGAGACUGUACAGGGCUACACUUAAUGGUUUGAGCAUGCGCAGUUCAUGAGAGACCAGUGUUUGUACACAAAAGCGCCAGCUUUUGACGAUGGGACACCAAAUAACACAACACCGGGUGCCUUCAAUACCAUGACAUGCUCACCAACGAAUAUGGAAUAUCAAAUUUGAGGCAGUGAAUAAUCAUUUUUGGGGCAAAGUUAAAUGAUUUUGCUCAAUGAUGUAUUGAUUUUUGAGUAGCAUAAAAAAUAAUAACCUAGUGUUUUAAUUUUCAUGACCUAAGCAUGAAAUCUCAUCACCGAAGCUAUUUCAUACCCCGAAGUUUUUUCAUACAACACCGGGCCACGCAUGCGCAGUAAGGAGACAAAAAAAUUUUCCUGAGAGGCGGAAAAAAAGUAGCGAUUAUCGCUAGUUUGGUUACAAAAGUAACGAAGAUACCGAUAUAUAUUUAAAUAAGUAGCGGAUGGUCGAUAAUCCGAUUUUGUUAUCAGCGAUAAAGUAUCGCGAUAACUUAUUGCGAUAACGCCCAGCUAUGCUUGAGGGACUGUACAUAUGGACUACAAUCUAGAGGCAAAUGCAGGAUACUCACUAAGCACAGCUGAAAGAACAUUAUAUUUGUAAUGGAUACUGCUUGUGUUGUUUUAUUUUUACAGGUUGUGCCGGUGCGAAGGCCUGACUCUCCAACGGGUCAUCUGUACAGCAAGAGCAAGAGCAAGAGAGAGGCCAAAACAAACCCCGCCAUUUAAUUUAUUUCUUGUUUUUUCAUUUUUUUCACGUGUUGUAUGAAUGGUGGAUGAAACAUGUGGAGGCUGUGGAAGAGGAGAAAAUAGGGGGAGAAAAGUGGCAGGG